AUGGGAACCCCUUUCAGACAUAAAACAGUUCCUGCUGAGGGGUCUGAACCUGCAGCGAGAGCCUCGGAUGGAGGGGCUGGACUGGCCUCACUGAGGGAGCAGUGGAAGGCUGUGUUCGCAACUCAACACAGUGACUCUCAGACAACACUGGACAGCAAUGGUAUGGCGCCGGAGGAGAUGGCUGCUAACCAAUUGUGCUAUUGUGUGUGUUUUUUCGCGUUAUUUGUAACAUAUUUUGUAUUUUUACUUAUCUAUUUUUUACUUAACACUUAUUUUUCUUAAUACUGCAUUGUUAGUUAAGGGCUUGUUAGUAAGCAUUUCACUGUAAGUGAAUACCUGUUGUAUUCGGCGCAUGUGACAAAUACAAUUUGAUUUGAUUUGAAAGCUGUGUAAUGUAACUCACUGAAAUUGAACAUUUUAUUAAAUCUAGAUAAUGAAUCUGAGAUUCCCACCAUUUGUUUGAGUCAUGUAUUACUACACAGAUUUGUUGAAGUCAUUCUCUAUUUUAGUAGUGAACUCCACGCCAGAGUUCUCUGGAAACACAACAGGGCCACACUGCUGUCAACUGGUUUCUCAGAUCUUCAUACAAGGUUUGUGUCAUAUGAUAGUUUUCCAAUUUUACUGCCUAACUUAUAGCACAAAUAAUCACAAUCUUGGACAAAUAAGUUUAGUUAAUCCAACAGAUCUGACAAACACUGAAAAACCUUGCAAGUAUGGUUUCCCACAUUUGGAGUGACUCUGGUCUGUGGUCUGUCUGUCUCUGCUAGACCUGGGCUGGGAGAACUGGAUCAUCUACCCAGAGAGCUUCACCUUCACCCAGUGUGCAGCCUGCACCCCACAGCUGAACCCCGCAGGUCCACGGUGUGGGGCACACCUUUCCCCACAGGACCCCCCUCCACAGGUAAAGCAUGCAACCCUGGCCUCUCAACCAAGAAUGUUGAAGCUGCACUAAAAACAUUGAAACUUUGUCACACUGCAAAAGCAUUAAAGAAAAGUUGGCGUAUGAUUUUUAAAAGUUUACAGUCAAAUGCACAUUUUGCAGACACAAUGUACAGUCGUGGUCAAAAGUUUUGAGAAUGACACAAGUAUUGGUCUUCACAAAGUUCGCUGCUUCAGUGUUAUGAGAUAUUUUUGUCAGAUGUUACUAUGGUAUACUGAAGUAUAAUUACAAGCAUUCUAUAAGUGUCAAGGGCUUUUAUUGACAAUUACAUUAAGUUUAUGCAAAGAGUUAAUAUUUGCAGUGUUGACCCUUCUUUUUCAAGACCUAUGCAAUCCGCCCUGGCAUGCUGUCAAUUAACUUCUGGGCCACAUCCUGACUGAUGGCAGCCCAUUCUUGCAUAAUCAAUGCUUGGAGUUUGUCAGAAUGUGUUGGUUUUUGUUUGUCCACCCGCCUCUUGAGGAUCGACCAGAGUUUCCUGGCCAUGGACGCAAAAUGUUGAUGUUUUGUUCCCCGAGCCACUUAGUUAUCACUUUUGCCUUAGGGCAAGGUGCUCCAUCAUGCUGGAAAAGGCAUUGGUCGUCACCAAACUGUUCUUGGAUGGUUGGGAGAAGUUGCUCUCGGAGGAUGUGUUGGUACCAUUCUUUAUUCAUAGCUGUGUUCUUAGGCAAAAUUGUGACUGAGCCCACUCCCUUCGCUGAGAAGCAACCCCACACAUGAAUGGUCUCAGGAUGCUUUACUGUUGGCAUGACACAGGACUGAUGGUAGCGUUCACCUUUCUUCUCCGGACAAGGUGUUUUCCGGAUGCCCCAAACAAUCGGAAAGGGGAUUCAUCAGAGAAAAUGACUUUACCCCAGUCCUCAGCAGUCUAAUCCCUGUGCCUUUUGUAGAAUAUCAGUCUGUCCCUGAUGUUUUUCCUGGAGAUAAGUGGCUUCUUUGCUGCCCUUCUUGACACCAGGCCAUCCUCCAAAAGUCUUUGCCUCACUGUGCGUGCAGAUGCACUCACACCUGCCUGCUGCCAUUCCUGCGCAAGCUCUGCACUGGUGGUGCCCCGAUCCCGCAGCUGAGUCAACUUUAGGAGACGGUCCUGGCGCUUGCUGGACUUUCUUCGGCGCCCUGACGCCUUCUUCACAAUAAUUGAUCCUCUCUCCUUGAAGUUAUUUAUGAUCCGAUAAAUGAUUGAUUUAGGUGCAAUCUUACUAGCAGCAAUAUGGGCUCCCGAGUGGCGCAGCGGUCUAAGGCACUGCAUCUCAGUGCUUGAGGCGUCACUACAGACCCCCUGGUUCGAUUCCAGGCUGUAUCACAACCGGCCGGGAUUGGGAGUCCCAUAAGGAGGCGCACAAUUGGUCCGGGUUUGGCCGGUGUAGGCCAUCAUUGUAAAUAAGAAUUUAUUCUUAACUGACUUGCCUAGUUAAAUAAAAAAAUAUAUAUCCUUGACUGUGAAGGGCUUUUUGUGCAAAGCAAUGAUGACGGCACAUGUUUCCUUGCAGGUAACCAUGGUUAACAGAGGAAGAACAAUGAUUUCAAGCACCACCCUCCUUUUAAAGAUUCCAGUUUGUUAUUCUAACUCAAUCAGCAUGACAGAGUGAUCUCCAGCCUUGUCCUCGUCAACACUCUCACCUGUCUUAACGAGAGAAUCACUGACAUGAUGGCAGCUGGUCCUUUUGUGGCAGGGCUGAAAUGCAGUGGAAAUGUUUUGGGGGAAUUAAGUUAAUUUUCAUGGCAAAGAGGGACUUUGCAAUGAAUUGCAAUUCAUCUGAUCAGUCUUCAUGACAUUCUGGAGUAUAUGCAAAUUGCCAUCAUCAAAACUGAGGCAGCAGACUUUGUGAAUAUUAGUAUUUGUGUCAUUCUCAAAACGUUUGACCACGACUGUAGAUGUGCGGCUAUUCCAUCUGAUUCCAUAGAAGUGGCUAUCGGUGCUUUGUCUGAACAAGUGAUAAAAUAGAAUGUGUUGUGCAUCUCUCAGUACAAGGUCACAGGUUUAAGGGUUAGUGCCUUGUUCAUCUAAUUGGUUCUCACACUUGUUCAGCCAGGAAAUGGUAGACUCAAUCAGACAGAGCAGAUGUCUUAACAACCAAAUAUGAUUUAAGGGUAAAAUUAGGACACUAUUGUGACUAGCCUACCUCUUAUUUUUUACCACAACGCAGGUAUUGCACUUUCCUUAAUUGUUUUGGUUUUCUUCUCCCUUUUUACCCACUGAACAAAUCUGCUACUGCACAGAUCAUACCGGAUUACUUAAUUGUAUUACUAUAGUCUUUCAUUUCAGAUGAUCAACCUCGCUAAGAAGCAACCUCGCUAAGAAGCAUAAUGAUAUCAAAAUACUGAAUCAAAUAAAAUCUACGUUUAUUGUUCGCGUACACAGAUUUACAGAUGUUAUUGCAGGUGCAGCGAAACGCUUGUGUUUCUAGCUCCAACAGUGCAGUAAUACCUAACAAUAAUAAUCAGAAAAAAACAAUACACACAUAAUCCAGAAAAAUAAUAUAAUUUAAAUUAAGAAAUAUCAGAACGAGCGAUGUCAGCAGGGUGGCAGCCGGCUAGAACAGUGAUUAAGGUUCAGGGCAGGGUGCUGGGCGGAGGCCGGCUAGUAGUGACUGUUUAAAAGUCUGAUGGCCUGGAGAUAGAAGCUGUUUCUCAGUCUCUAGAUUCCAGCUUUGAUGCACCUGUACUGUCUCCGCCGUCUAGAUGGUAGCGGGGUGAACAGGCCGUGGCUCGGGUGGCUGAGGUCCUUGAUGAUCUUCUUGGCCUUCCUGUGACCGGGUGCUGUAGAUGUCCUGGAGGGCAGGCAGUGUGCAGGGAGUACAGGAGGGGGCUGAGAACACACCCCUAUGGGGCCCCCGUGUUUAGGAUCAGCGUGGCGGAGGUGUUGUUGCCUACCUUCACCACUUGGGGGUGGCCCAUAAGGAAGUCCAGGACCCAGUUGCACAGGGAGGGGUUCAGAGCCAGGGCCCUGAGUGCUACGGGGCGAUAGUCAUUUAGUUCAGUUACCUUCACUUUCUUGGGUACAGGAACAAUGGUGGACAUCUUGAAGCAAGUGGGAACAACAGACUGGGAUAUGGAGAGAUUGAAUAUGUCUGUAAACUUUUCAAACUGUGAUCUGAAAGUUACUUACAGUUCAGUGACCUUUCCUUUUUUAGGUUCCUGCUGCAAACCUGCAUCCCGACACCUGGUGCCAGUGCUUUACCUGGAUGACUACAACACACUGGUCAUCUCCUCUGUGUAUCUGACCCGGAGCUGCAGCUGCACACCACAGAUCAACCCCCAUCACCCUACAAACUAA